AUGAUUUACACUGAAGAGAUGGAAAAUGAAGAAGACAGAGAUAUGGUUAUGUUGCAUUUAGUCAGAAGAAACAACAAAAGCUUUUACGACCUUGCUAAGAUUUACAAAUCCGACAGAAAUUGGUUCUAUCGCGAAAACUUACCGAUUUCAAUGACACCGAAUGAAGAUGUUAAACAGAUAGUUCAAGAUACGUUACCUCAAACACACUAUGAUAUGAAAGGUUGUACAAUACUUACAUUCAAAGAAGAUUUGCCGCUACUGAAGGAAAAAAUAACAGAGUAUUUCGAUAACUUCAAAGAGGAAGAGUAA